AUGAAGAGAGAUAAUAAUAAAUAUAUUAUUUAUUUAUUAUUUUUUCAAUUUAUAUUAAUUAAUUUAUUAAAUGGUCAAUCAAUUGAAGUAAAAGAUGUAUCAGAUCCAUCAUUUUUGACAUACAAUAAAUAUCCAAUAGAUUCAAAUAAAAAUACUUGUAAUUUUGAUUUCUUUAUUCGUUCUGUGAUAUCUAAUGGUACUGGUGGCCUUUUUACAAUUUCAAGUGACAGUUCAUUAUCCAUAACAAGUUUAAAGGUUUUUAAUGAUCAAAUAACUCAAAUUGAUAAAAUUUUAGUCUCAGAUGUACCAAAUGGUCAAAAUUCAAUUUCUUUAACUUCAAAUUUAGGUUUAAUUAAUGCGUCAACAAUUAUUAAUUUUAAUUGCGAAUUAUAUGAUAUGAAUUCAAUAAAAAUAAAGUAUAUUCCAAAUAUAUUAGCAGAUCUUGAUCCUACAGCAUAUAGUGGAUAUGUUAUAUUAAGCGGUUUAAAGUAUAAAUCAAAUAAUUUAAUUAUAUCAACAAAUGGUUAUUCAGUUUUAGUUAAUUCAGAUUCAAAUAAAGCAACAUAUAUUAUCUUAAGACCCUUAAAUAUCACAAUUUUCAAUCAAGAUGUUACCUGUUCAAUUUAUUUUAUUGAUUACCAAUUUAAUUUUACAGUGCCAUCAUCUUAUCUUUAUUAUUCAAGUAAUUCAGAUAAUCAGGUUAUGUAUUACCCAGACAGUCCUAUGUUUCAAAAAUUUUCAUACUUUGCUUCAAAUGUUAUUUCAAUAACUGCAAAUUAUACAGGUAUUAAUCCUCUAAUUUUCUUAUAUCGAGCAAGUGGAGGUAUUUUAACGUUACCUUUCUAUCAAAAUGAUAAUGGAACUGUGUAUUUUGGAGCAUUACAAAAUUUUGGUACAAAUGAGAGAAUUGCAGUAGUUUCACAAUAUGGCUCCUCAUUAGUUGAAAUUAACUCUACAAUAUUAUCAUCUAUUCCAAUAUCAAGUGAAACUUAUUUUCCAAGUGGAACGAUAUACAUUCUUAAAACUACAUUGGGUACAUUUAAUAAUAUGACAUAUUUUACAGUAUAUUUUAACUCAUCCAUUUAUUUCGAUAUUAUUGAUUAUAGUUUUUCAAUCGAUAAUAUACAAUCAGUUUUACCAUGGCCAUUUGGAUUUGAGAGUGGUACAAACUAUAAAUAUUCAUUUAAGGUAGCAUUCUUAUUAAGUUUAAUGAGUAGUUCUUGGAAUACAUUUGUUAUAACUCCAUAUAAUGGUAUGACAAGUUUAAACCCUCUUAAUCUACCUCCAGAUCUUGUAUCUUUAAAUGAUGCGACACCAACAAUGAAACAUUAUGAAAUGAUUAUUUUAGAUUCAAAUUGUUAUUUAAUUAGAAUUGCACCUAGUGAUGAUUUUGUAAAUGGGAUUAUUACAAUUAAUAAUAAACCAUAUGGAUAUGGAUCAUUAGUUGAAGGUGAUGGUAUUAAUGGUCCAUCAAUGUAUGAAUUUGUUUACGAAAAUACAAAUUCAGGUGUAGGUACAAUUGAAAUUCGUGGUUCAAGUGGAAAAAGUUCACCAUAUUAUACAAGUCAACCAAGUUACUAUUCUUCAAUUCCCCCAAAAUUUGUUUAUGAUGCAACUGCAUUUAAUAUAUAUAAUAUAUACCUCAUUCAAAAUGUAUCAUUUUUAUAUAAUAAUCUUAACACCACAAACAAAUCAAUUGAUAAUAUAAUGUACUUUAAUUUUACAGAUGUUACAGAAACUAAUGUUGAGCUAGAGGUUGUUUUUUUAAACAAUUUUAAAUUAUUAAAUGGAAGAAUAUCUAAACAAUGUUUUGCAAAAUGGAAUUCAACAAUUAAAUUGUUUCAAGUUGAAUUUAGAGUACCUGCAAAUGUUAAAACUGGUUACUUUAAUUAUAAUAUUAAACUAGGAAGUAUUUAUACAAACUUUUAUAGUCAAUUACUUCCAGCAUCGAAUCAAUUAUAUGUAACUUCAUCAAGAUUUGAUCAAUAUGGACCAAUUUUUAAAACAAUAGAUAAAAGUAUAUCACAAAAUCCAAAUCAAAUUAAAUGGUCAGUUACAAUUCAAGAUGAAAUUAAUGGAUUUGAUUAUGGUCAUGUUAUUGUAAGAGGUGAUAUGGAUGGCUCAAGAUAUACUAUUAAUUUAUCAAAUAAUACAAUUAUUAGUGGUAAUGAAUUUUUAGGACAGCAUGAUAUCAUUGUAACAAUUCCAGAUAUUUGUGCAACUCAAUCAUAUUCAAUUAUUGAAAUUGAAUUGUUUGAUAAACAAGGUUAUUCAUGUGAAUUUUAUAUGACUAAAAGUUUUGAUGCACCUUCGAAUCCUUUCAUUAAUUAUUUUGGUGACCCAACUAUUAAUAAGAUAACAAUUUAUUGUGAUGAUUAUCAAGAUCAAACACCACCAGUAUUAUUAUCAUUCCAAUCUUCAAGAGUAGUCUCAUCUCAAGAUAAUAGUCAAACUUUAUUAUUCGAGUUUCAAGUAACUGAUCCAGAAAGUGGAUUGAAAUCUGAUCAAUUACCAAUAGUUUAUGCUACUUCGAAACAACUUGAAGGUAUUUUUAAUACUUCAGAAAUUAAAACUAUUGUUAAUAAUAAUACAAUUGAUUAUAAAUGCCAAAUUGAUCUUCCUUAUGGAUUCGGGUACCAAUCUGAUAUACUAUUUAGUGUUUAUGGUUUAAUUAAUAAUGGUGGUUAUUUUGGUGGUUACUCAAGUGAGAGAUUAAUGAGUAUUUCACCAAACUCUUAUUAUAUGUCAAAUAUUCCAUUAAUUAAAAAGUUAUUAAUUUCAAAAGUUUCAAUUAUUACAUCAAGUGGUGGUAAAUUAUUAAUUAUUGGUAAACAUUUUCAAACUGAUUAUAAAGUUCAUAUAAAAUAUUUAGAUGGUAAUUUAGUAUUUCCACAAGUUUCAACACCAACUAUAUCAUAUUCAACAUCAAUAAUAAUUAAUGAUAUUAAACCAACUACAAACCCAUUCAUUAUCAAAGUCGUAAGUUUAAAUAAUCUUAAUCAAUCAAAUGAAUUUACAGUUUAUCCAGUAGUUUAUAAUUUUAUUGAUCCAUCACCAAAACCACCAAUAAAACCAAGAAUUCCAUGUGCUGGUACACCAGAAUGUGGUGGUUCAAAAAAUGGAUAUUGUAAAGAAAACUAUGGUUGUAUUUGUUAUUCACCAUGGGUUGGAAUUGAUUGUACAUCUCAAGUCAUCAUUGUACCACAACCAAGUACAAAUACAUCAAAUCCAUCAACUGAAAUUCCAGUAAUUGGUGGUGGUGGUGGUAAUAAUAAUAAUGAAACAAACACUGAAACAAUAUUAUUUAAAUCAUUAAUUUCAUUAGUUUCAUUAAGAGAAUUAGAUUUUCAAUCAAAUAUAGUUAAUACAUAUACAUUUGAAAAAUGGGUUUAUAAUCAAAUUGAUAGUAAUACAAAUCAGUAUGUUACAAAUAUCACCAUACCAAAAUCAAAUACAACAACUACAAUCACAGCAACAUUACAAUGGUUUAAAGAGAAAUCAAUUAUUAAAUUUGCAAAUCAACAAUUGGUAAUGAAUCCAUCAAGUAUAAAAUAUACAAUCGAUAUUUCAAAUUAUGAUUUCUCAAGUAAAUUAAAUCAAUUACAAUUAAUUAUGUCUGCAUCAAUAUCAGCUUCUAAAAGUGAUGAUAUUUGUUCAAGUAAAGAGUUUGGUGUAACGAGUGAUAGUGAUGAUGAUAUUUCAAAUUAUAUUAAACUUCAAGUUGAUACUGUUUCAUUAUAUGGUAGAUUCAUUAAGAGGGCAAUCGUAGAUUCAACAGUUCAAACAAUUUCAAAUAUUUUAUUAGAUUCAUCAAUGAAUUUAAUUACAAAUGCUGCAUCUUCUCAAACUUAUAUUGGUAUUCAAUUACCAUAUUAUAGUGAUUCAAUUAUUAUUGAUCCAGAUUUUUCUAUAUUAAUCGAUAGUAAAUCAGCAUCAAAUAACAAUAACUCUAUUUGUUCAAAUAUCAAUAGUAAAUCUGGUUUGUCAACUGUUCAACUUGUUGGUAUUAUUAUUGGUUCAGUUGGUUUUGCUGCUGUUAUAAUUAUUUCAAUUGCUUUUUGUAUACAUAAGAACAGGACUGAUGCUAAAUUUAGGUUAUUUGUAAGAAAUAAAACUAUUCAUAUGGAUAAAAAAAAAUAA